CUUUCAUAAAAUUGACAAUCUGAUCCCCAACCCUUUCUUUCUUUUCCCAACACCAAAACUCUCCACUCUCAACAAACCCUAGGGACACAAUCGUCAUAAAAUAAUUAAUAACGCUUCCACCAUAUUAUUUAUAUUACAAUAAAUGGGCCCCUUUCAUUCAAAUUUCAGAUCGUUCUAAAAGUCUAAACUACACCUCGGUGCCAUAAACAUAUCUCUCUCUCUCUCUCUCUCUCUCUCUCUCUCUAUAUAUAUAUAGUAUACUCAUAUAUCUAUAGGUUUUUCUAUCUUUCUUGGUACUGCGGGUUUGAACUCUCAGGGUUUUAGAGAUUUUAGAGAGAUAAAUUAGAGAGAGAGAGUGUGUGUGUGUUUGGAUGUUACUGCUGGCGUCUGUUUUGUUGGCCUGAGAGUGUUACAGUCCGGCAUUGUAGAGAGAUAUGGACGAAGAAAUGGAGGAGAGAAUUGAGCUUACCUUCACGGUUGUUGAAAUCGAUCUUGACUACGAGUUCGACGCCGCUCGGUACUUCGAUUUCAGCCGAGAAGAGUCACUCGCCGAGACUCGUGAAGCCGAGCUGUGGUUCGAAUCUGCUGGAAGCUAUCCACCUUCUCCUUUUGUAAUGAGGUUAGCUCAAAGAGAGAACAUCCUACUGGAAAAUGUAAAUGUCUCUCCGAAAACUAAAGAGGCAGAAAACACGACUCUGCCUGAUAAUGACUCUGAUGCUGGUCUGGACGAAACCUUUUCUAUAACGGAUGCUAACAGAAGAGAUAGUGAAGAAAUGGAUGAGGAAAUUUUCACCAACUUACGUAGUGGCAAUUUGCAAGCAUUUCAAAAUCAAUUUCACAUUCAACCCCAGCAAUUAACCACAGGUUCGACAUUUUAUAAUCACAUGAACAAAGAUGAUACAAAAGCUCAAACUAAGUCCAAUAUGAAGCCAUCUUUUCCAAGGACCUCAACUCUGAUGAAACCUACAGCAAGUCAGUUGGCAAAGCAAAAUCAACCACAUCAAGUGGCCAAUCCCAGGUUCGAGAAGUUGUUUGGAAACAAUGAGAGAAAUUCAAAUAAUCCGUGCGGGAUAGAGAUCCAAGCUGCUAAGAGACAAAAGCUUGAGGGAGGUCACUUACGGAAGGUUGGUGAUACAAAGCAACAAACAAAUUUGGUUCACAAAGCACCUAAAAGGGAUGGAACUGUUGAUGGAAAUUCUUUGCAUCCUAAGGUGAAGCUUACUAUUCCUAGAGAGCCUGACCUUGAAACAGCACAUAGGGCGCAAAGGAGAAGGCCAAAAAAUAGUACAGAAGCUGAACAUGUAACAUCAACAUCAACUGCUUGUAGAUUCAAAGCGCUUCCAUUGAAUAGAAAAAUUCUUGAGGCUCCUUCACUGGUACCCUCUAAAAGAAGCACCAUGCGGUUGCCUGAAACUCAAGUAUUUCACCUGAAAACAUCAGAGAGGGCUAUGCAACACACUUCUGCAAUUUCUUCAUCGUCAAUUUAUUCCAGUAAUUCUGAUAAGGUGUUUCACAAACCUAGCGCUAAUCCAAUUGCAGAAAGUGGAAAUGGAGGAUGCAGAAGAUCAAAUUUUGUGGAUGCUCCCAAGCAGCAGAAAAGUGAACCAGUUCACUACUUUAAAGCUCGUCCUCUCAACAGGAAGAUAUUUUUAAGUAAAGGAGAUAUUGGGGUUUUCCGGAAUAGCAAGAGAGAAAUCACAGUACCUAUGGAAUUCAAUUUUCAUACAGAGAAAAGGGUUCCGCAUAAUCCACCUAUAGAUCUUUUUAACAAGCUUUCUUUGACUGAACACCAACCGAAUGGUGGAUCUCAGCUAAAAUCGCUUCGGCCUACUUGUAUACCUACAAAGGGCUCAAAAGAGAAUAGAUUGGGUUCUUUCCAACAAGAACAUGAGAUAAAACAUUUGGUGAAAGAAAAACCACUUUCGUUUGGGGGAAAGCAAAUUCAGUUUGAGAAUGAUGGGGCUGAAGGUGGUCCCUUUUCUGGCAUGAACAGGAGUUUGGGCAUUCGCUAGAGUAAAGGGGGGCAAAAUUUCUAAAAGUGGUGUUUGCCAUUGACUUCAGGCUUCAAAUUUCUGCCAAUUGAUGGAAGAUUUGACAGAUAAUACUGAGUAGUGAUAAGUACAUAACAAAUGUCAAGCUCCUUUGCCUGUAUACAAGAUCACAAAAUCCACAUAUUAGCUUAAAAAUCAUUCUUUUAACUCCAAAAACUGACCUCACAAAAAAUUAUGUUAAUCUGUUUAUACACUGUAGCCUCAGUCAAAUUGUCAAUAUAUGUUAAAAGGCUAUUGUUGUA